AUGAACUUGCAAAGGGCUGAGUGUCCCCUCUCCCAGCGGCCGCAACGCUGCCCUCGAGGCUCAGACAGAGAAGACGAGCCGCUGGAUAUCCAGCCCGAGGAAGAGGAAGAAGAAGGGGAGAAGGAGGAGGAGGAAGAAGAGAAAGAGCCGUACCUGCUGGGACCCCAGCCCGGACCGCGGGGGGCGCCGCGGAGCAGCCACAGCCGCAGCCGCAGCAGCAGCGUCCCGUCGGGGACUAGGGACGGCGCGGACGGCGGGCGCGGCAUCCCAGCCCGGGACGGCGCGGACGGCAGGCGCGGCAUCCCAGCCCAGGACGCCCCGGGCGAGCUCGGGGACGGGGGUGCACCGCUGGCGCCGGCCCCGGCGAAGCCACCCUACUCGUACAUAGCGCUCAUCACCAUGGCCAUCCUGCAGAGCCCGCACAAGCGGCUCACGCUGAGCGGCAUCUGCGCCUUCAUCAGCGGCCGCUUCCCCUACUACCGCCGCAAGUUCCCCGCCUGGCAGAACAGCAUUCGCCACAACCUCUCGCUCAACGACUGCUUCGUCAAGAUCCCCCGGGAGCCGGGCCACCCGGGCAAGGGCAACUACUGGAGCCUCGACCCGGCCUCCCAGGACAUGUUCGACAACGGCAGCUUCCUGCGCCGGAGAAAGCGCUUCAAGCGCCCGGACCCAGGAGCGCCGCUGUGCUCAGCCCUGCACCCCGCGGGGUCCGCGGGGCUCCUGCUCUGCCCGGCCGCCGCGCCCGUCCCUGCCCGGCUCCGCCCGGGCCCCCUGCUGCAGCCGCACCCGCUGCGCUACAUCGUGCUGCCGGCCCCCGCCCGCCACGCGUCGCCGCCGAGGAAAGGGAGCCCCGAGCACCCCCUGCCCAGCGCUCCGGUCCGGGAACCCAGCGGCGGGGCCAAGGGCGCCUCGUUCAGCAUCGACAGCAUCAUGCGGGGAGCCCGGGGAGGAGGCGCGGCAGGGCCCCCAGCGGCCCCAUGGGCUCACUGCCACCUGUGGCACUCCCCGGCCGUGGCCGCCUCCCCGUGGCUACAAGUAUCCGCCGCUGCCCGGACGCUAUUGCAACAGCAACAGGACGCCGCGAUCGGCUGCUUCCCCAGCAAGAGCCCGCUCCUCGGCCGUCCCUUGGUCACUGCGCCACUGGGAUGCCCACCCGGAGGGGGCACCGGGCUGCUCUCGCCGGCGGCUCCUACGGGCGGGGAGACGAGCGCCCCCGCUUUCUGA